CGGAGGAUGCAUGCACUUCCGGCCUCCAGCAGCCAAUGAGGGUGCAGCCACGGGUGUUCCCCUGUCCGGCGUCCGGGCUGCGGGUCGUGUCCGGGAGGACUUCGGGCGGGUCGACCCUGAGGACGUGAGUUACAGUUUGGAGGUGAGACUGCUGUGGCAGCCCAACUUGGAGAAACCCGUUGUCACCGUUGGAAUAGUCGCGGUACCUUGCAGAACCCCGGGGUCGCAGCCUCUCCUGUGUGAAAACCACAAGCAAAGUGUCAGAGUUUUCCACUCAGAUCAACAACUUCAAAUUCUUAGCAUGGACAAUUCAGAGAAGACAGAAGUGGUUCUCCUCGCCUGUGGUUCUUUUAAUCCUAUCACCAACAUGCACCUCCGGCUAUUUGAGCUGGCCAAGGACUACCUGAAUGGAACAGGAAAAUACAGAGUUAUCAAAGGCAUAAUCUCUCCUGUUGGUGAUGCAUAUAAGAAGAAAGGACUCAUCUCUGCCCACCACCGAGUUAUCAUGGCAGAACUCGCCACCAAGAAUUCAGAAUGGGUGGAAGUUGACACCUGGGAGAGUCUUCAGAAGGAGUGGGUAGAGACGGCGAAGGUGCUAAGACACCAUCAGGAGAAACUGGAGGCUGGGAGCUGUGAUCACCAGCAGGACGCACCUAUGCAGGCAAGGCCCGGACAGAAAAGGAAGUGGGCUGAACAAAGACAAGAUAUUAGCCCAAAGAAAUUGCUAGAGCCAAAACCAAAAGAUGUGCCCAAGAUAAAGCUGCUGUGUGGGGCAGAUUUAUUGGAGUCCUUUGCUGUUCCCAGUCUGUGGAAGAGUGAGGAUAUCACCCAAAUUGUGGGAGACUACGGGCUCAUAUGUAUUACUCGGGCUGGAAAUGAUGCUCAGAAGUUCAUCUACGAGUCAGACACGCUGUGGAAACACCGGAACAACAUCCACCUGGUGAAUGAAUGGGUCACCAACGACAUCUCAUCCACAAAGAUCCGGCGAGCCCUCAGAAGGGGCCAGAGCGUUCGCUACUUGGUACCAGACCUUGUCCGAGAAUAUAUCGAAAAGCAUGAUUUGUAUAGCUAUGAGAGUGAGGAGAAGAAUGCUGGAGUCAUCCUGGCUCCCUUGCAGAGGAAGCCUGCGGACACUCACUCAAAUUGUACAGCAUGAGGUUUUGGACUUCCAGCUUGGGAAUUUGAAACAGUCUGGCUGUUAGGAACUGGGAAGAGGAAUUGAGAUCUUGUGUCAUAAACGAAAGCUAUCUAAAAGUCUGGUAAAAGUCAAGAGUAGAUUCAGAUCAGGUUUCUCAUUUUGUUGGAAAUUGCUAAGAUGAAUGUGUCCAAUAUGGUCUUUUUUUUCCCUUCUUUUUUUUUUUAAGAACAUACAAAUCCUUGAAUCUUUAAAAUGGGAUUAACAGUACGAAAACCAGAAGACAUUCAAUUUAACUAAAAAGAUGUCAAAAAGGACAUUUUGGCGUUCCAUGAUCUCAGUCUAAGACUCUCGAGUUUCUGAAGAGCCCUGCUGUUUCUGUUCCAGCCCCCUGUGAAUCUGCCAUUUCUGAAUUAAGCAGAAAAAGGAUGUACUUUCUUACCCUUUUCCCCUUACCCUUUUCUAUGCACUUUAACCAAAGUAGAACUCCCAAAUAAUAACUGAGGUCAUUAUUACGUCACAAACGCAGUUACAAACACAGGCUUGUUAUAUAGUUGGGUGCUGAUUAAAGUUUCAUGGAGGUUUUACCAACUGGUAAAGCAACAAGACUAGAAAUAGCUUUUACAGAGUGUUACGAUUCAUGAAAUCCUCCUGUGAUAGAAACAGGACUAAAAUUUCUCAUGAAAGAAUAAUUUACCCUUUUGCAAUUUAUAGUCACACUUACAUCAUUCGAGAGGAAGGGUUUAUGACUCUGUGAAAGGAAGAAAUACUUAAAACUGUGCAGUUGUCCAGUCAAAUCUGAGUGCACAGUUGCGAAGGGACAACAUGAAAGCAGGCCAACGUACAUUCUGCCGCUACUGACUUCCUCUUACCGAAGCCAGCAGGCCAGCUUGACGGAGACCCGGGAGGCAUACAGAGCCUGCCACCAGUAGGCUUCGGUCUCUGCUGACAGAGGGACUUGGAUCGUGGAGAUGAUGGCCAUUUCUCCCCAUCCUUAGCUUUUAGGAGUUGAGAGUUGAAGCGAUCCUGGAAAAGAACCAUCUGUUGAAGUGAUCCAGAAAAAGAACCUUCUAGAAGCAGAUGAAGCUACUGAAGUGUGUAACUUUGAUUUCUUCUCCUGGAAAACUGUGCUUAGUUCAUCUGACGUGUUGAUGGAAUGCAGAAGGGUUCCAAUGCUAGGAACUUCUCUCUUUUAUUUUGUAGAGACUUACGCCGCGGUGCCUUCCUACCUAGAAGUGCCCCCUGCCCCGCUCAGCUGUGAGUAUAUUGAAUUCGGGAUGCCCUCGGUAAAGCAUUUGAGGACCUCCCAGGAGACUUGGUCAUAGUGAAUGAUCUUAUUGUUGGGCUAUUUCUGGAUCAAUACCUUUGUACACGGAACAAGCUGCUUUUAGCUUUGUCCUACUACCAAGGACACUGCUACUGCCACAGCAUAAUCAUGUAGUUGUGAGUGACCUCAAGGGCAGAAUUUCCUGUUUUGAUAAUGGAAAUUAGAACAAUGAACUUCACAGGGGAAUAAAUGUUAAUGAUUGCUGUGACUUCCAUUGAGGAAGAGGAAAAUA